AUGGUAAAGCUCAUUAACAUUUUAUUGCUUUGUCAAGGCACAAUAGCCUCGUUUAUUUCACAACCGCCAUCUAUUUCAAAAUACCAUGGCGCCAUCUCGGGCAGCACCAUACGCAGCCGGCUCUACGACGUUGGGUGGUAUGGCUCGUAUCCUCAGCGCGAGUUUGUCACAGUCGAGGGUCGGGCGGUAAGGCCGAGCCUCACAAAAGUAGAUGACCGCUGUGAUAAGGGCCACAUGUUUAUUGCACCGCGAGGAGAGCUCGUUGAUAUGCCUGGACCGAUGCUUCUAGACGCUGAGGGCGAGAUUGUUUGGAUGGAGCUCUUCUGGGGCAAGGCGACGGAUUUCCGAGUGCAAAUGUACAUGGGGAAGCCAUACAUUACAUUUUGGCAUGGUGAAGAUGGUUGGAAGUCAGGAAAUGGCUCAUAUGUGAUUGUAAGUCGCCUAAAAUGGUGUAUGAUGGCGUGCUGUGAUCAACUAACACGACGAAAAGCUGGACGACUCAUACCGACUAGUGAGAGAGAUUCGGCCAGUAGGAAAGUUAUCGGGCGACUUCCAUGA